CUUACGCUCAUCACAUAUCCUCCCUCGUAUACGCAGUCUAACAUGGGAAAUGACGGAGGAAGCAUCCCCGACCGCCGCGAUCUUGUGCGCAACAAGCCGAAGGCGGAGCAGGCCGACAAAGCGAACCAGACGCGCGCGAGAUGGUUUUACUGCGCCCUGUCGAAGCGCAAGCUGCAGGAGCCGAUUGUGUCGUGCGCGCUUGGGAAGAUCUAUAACAAGGACGCGAUACUAGAGUUUCUUCUGGAUAGAUCAACCUUCGGGGAUGGAGAUACAAUAUGCGGACAUAUACGGUCGUUGAAGGACGUCAAGCAGCUGAAGUUGACUCCCAACCCCGCUACCCCAUCACCCGGCGCCGAUGACAAGGAGCACCCGCAAUUCAUCUGCCCCUUCACCAUGAAGGAGAUGAACGGCGCCGUUCCUUUCGUCUACAUCCAGACCUGCGGCUGUGUCUUCUCUCGCGCCGGCCUCAAGCAAGUUGGCUCCUCCGAGGCAUCAUCUUCCUCCACCGACGGUCCCCAACUCGAUGUCUGCCCGCAAUGCCAGAAGAAGUACAAUCGCGCGCAGGACGUGCUGACGUUGAACCCCUCCCCUGAAGAGGAGGAGAAGAUGCGCGCGGCAAUGGAGGCGAAGCGGGCGGCAGAGCCUGCGGGGGGAAAGAAGUCGAAGAAGCGGAAGGCGGCGGACGAGGGGGAAAAGGCAGAGGCAAAGAAGGCGAAGGCGGCAAGGGAGGCACCGUCAGUGUCUCCGGCGGUGGUGUCGGCUCUGGCGCUGGAGGAAGCCAAGCGGAAGAGCGGGCAGAUGAGCGAUGCGGUGAAGUCGCUGUACAAUAACCCUGAUGGCAAGAAGGUCAAGGGGAAUUGGACGACGCAGUAUACGUUUACGAGGUAUGCUUGAUGAGCUCCGGAGGAGGACUGUAUCACCAUCUUUGCUUUCGCCAUGUACAUCACCUGUAUUUACGCACUGAUUCGCUCCCUUUGGUAUCGGACAUAGACGCUGGUCCGCCGCACACGAUGCCCUUCGAUCAGUGCAUUAUUGCGUGCUUCAAUCUUGUCCGCGACCCUCAUCCCCG